AUGGAGGAGAAAGGGGAGGACGAUAUCGGUGCUGAUGAUGUGGAAACUAACCAUCAAUCUACCAGCAACAUCAGGCAAGAUCCAACGAGUUUUAAAAUAUUCUUGUUAUUGUUCCUAUUAAAGUUUGUUUUAAAUUUUUUUAGUAAGCUUAUGUAUUUCACGUUUUUGGUGCAAUAGUUAAUCUAUAAACUCACAACGUUGUUCAGAAAUGUAAUGGCAAAGUUUCAUCUUUACACAAUGUACAAGCUCGUUCAAAAAUCCUUAUAAAAUUUCUCAUAAUAAAUCAAGGUGCUAAUAGGCAGGCUAUUGCCAUCAAAAAAGUUGUUGGGGAAUUAAUUACGUGGUGAUGCCUGACCCCUGGGCCAAGGAAGAUCUGCAGAGAGGCUAAAGUUGGUUCUAAUUAUUCAAGCUAAGUUUUCUACAUGUAAGAGCAUAUUUUGCUAAUUUACCCCCAAAGAAUAACAGAAGCAAAUGCUUAUACUUUUUAUGGUUUUAAAUUAUUCUUUGCAUCUUUUGCAGCUUCAAAGUUCUCUUUUGCUCUUUAAUCCCGAGCGAUUUAGAAUUUGAAGCACUGCAGGUAGCUAAGCAAAUCUUAAUGCCUCAAAUUUUGGAUUAUUUUCUAGUGUUGAGAAAGACAUCCCUUGUGGACAAGAGCCUAAAUUUAUUGUGUUCUACACACAACUUCUGGCCCUAUUCUCACUGA